AUGACGGUCGUGUUAAUUUUGGUUGGCGUAGUUGGCUCUGGGAAGAGCACUCUGUCUAAGGCUAUCGAACGACACAUCCCAAAUUGGGUUAGAGCCAAUCAGGAUGAUUUGAAGGACAGACGGAGUGUAGAGAAGCUAGUAAGGCAGACUUUGUCCACUGGUUUGAAUGUCAUUGUUGACCGAACAAACAUUGAUAUCAAACAACGCUCACACUGGACAAGAAUCGCUGCUGAGUUUGGCGCUGUCACUCAGUCUUUGAGUCUUGAGGUAUCUUACCAAGUCUGCAAGGAUCGUCUCACGACACGACAAGACCAUCCAACUAUAGCAGACCCCGUCGAAGCUAUAAAAAUAUUGAAUAUGUUCGGCAACAGAAAGCAGCCAGUUUGCAAUCUGGAACCGAUACAGAACGCUCUAGUGGUGGACGAAACAGAUGGCGUGUUCAAACACUAUAACUCUACAAGUGACGACUUGCCUAAAGCCGCGCUCGAAGAUUUAUUGGAAAGGAUAGGAAAAGCUCCAGGUCCACCGGCACCACCACCAACGGCAGCUAAAACACCACCUAACAAGAAGCACAAGCCUGAAAAGGCAAGUAAAGAUAUCAGAGGUUUCUUCAAGCCACCCACAUGA